GCCGCCCGCGCCGCCGCUGAGAUGUGCUCCCCCGCGGUCCAGACGUUCUCGCGCGAGGCCCUGCGGAGCUACGGGCGAUCCUUCCAGCUGAUCUCCCCGAUCGAGGCGGCGGUGGGCUCCCAGCCAGGCGCGGGGCACCGCGGCGCGGGGGACCGGCGGUCCUCCUUCGCCUUCUCCGCGGCCGCGGCGCCCUUCGUCUCCGUGGCGGGGGCGAUUGCGGGCCCGCACGGAG